CUCUGCUCGGCGCACGCCUCCGUUCGCGUACCGACGGACGGGCGGGCGGACAGCGCAGCGCAGCUUCCGGCCACGCCACGCGUGGGCGUGGCUUCCUACCGUCCACGGAUCCGCCGUCGAUCUGGAGGGCCGACAAACGCCGCCCCGCUUUCCGCUGCCCACUGGAUUAAGUACCACUCCCCUCACCCCGAGACAGUCAGCUUCACAGCCUUCACUACUCACUCACUCAAGCUCCCACUCCGAUCCCCAUCACCAACCCCUCCCACAUGGUCAUGGCUCCCCACCCACCGGUCCUCCUGCUACUGCUCCUCGCGCCGCUCCUCCUCUGCUCGCUGCUCCCCGAUGCGGCGCGGGCGGCCGGCGCCGAGGACACCGGGGUGACCAUCGUGCGCAAGGACGGCACGACCUGCACGCUCUGCGCCUCCUGCGGGAACCCCUGCAACCCCAACCCGGGAUACAACUACCCGUCGCCACCUCCUCCGGCUCCGGUGACCCCCGCGGCGCCGGUGUACCCGCCUCCCCCUUCCUACCCAGCUCCCUCCGGUG